UUAGGGAUUUCAAAAUUAGGGUUCAUCUUCAUCAAGUCUUUGGUUUCUGAAAUUGCAGCGAUGAGCACCACGAGUUACUACUCAUCCGCUUCAAGUCCAUUGCAUCGUUUUUCUUCUCUUGGUGUCCCGUCGAACUGCUGGUGUGGAGAGGGUAUCAUCACAUUCACAUCAAAAACGAAGGAGAAUCCAUACCGGAGAUUCUACCGAUGCGCGAUUGGAAUGAUGGUAUGUUUUUCUAUUUGGUUAAAUUGUUGAUUUGGAAAGACCAUGGAGUAUUGAUCGGAGUUUAUUUGUAUAGAGGGAAAAUGAGAAUCACUUGUUCAAAUGGGUUGAUGAAGCUCUCUUAGAAGAAAUUAGGAUGGUCGAGGAGAAGUGUAAGUUAGUUGCAGAAGAUGUCAAUGCUUUGAGGAUGGAAGUGAUGGGUACUAUGAAGCUCCAAAACGAAAACUUCAAGAAAAUGGAGGAGAAAAUGGAGGAUGUGAUGAGUAAGAAGAUAGAAGGUGAAGUGAAGAUCAUGAAGGAGAAUGUGGAGGAGCUGGGUCAUGUUAUGGCUAAGUCAGCUUUGAAGACAGUAGGUGUUGCUUCUGUUAUUCUUUGCUCAAUUGUAUGGCUAUGGGGAAGAGUGUAGGUCUUGAGGCAAUGUGUAAUGACUUUGUGGUCGUUAUGUCUCUGUUUUGUGUAAUGAUUUGUGCUUUAGCUU